CCACCACCGGGACAGCGCUGGUCGUAACUCGUAAACUGGAAAAGAAGCCUUCCUUCUUUUUGUUUUGUUUUGUGUUUGUAACUGUUGUAUUGGCGAGCGAAGUUUUGCGAUAAACUCUCUGUCUUUUUAUUAGUGAGUACAAAGGAGGGUAGUAGUAUUUUACGGAUCAUAAUCCUAACUGCCUUAGCCAACUUGUAAAGAAAGCAAGGGAAGGUGGGGGCUUAGGGUUGCUGAUGGAGGAGGUAACAGCCGGGGUAAACAACAUUAACAUCAGCGGUGGUGGCGGCGGCGGCGGCGGCGGCGGAGGAGAUCUUCAUAAAAAGAAUCGCAUUCAGGUCUCUAACACCAAAAAACCCUUGUUUUUCUACGUCAACCUCGCCAAGAGGUAUAUGCAGCAACACAAUGAGGUGGAGCUGUCUGCUCUUGGCUUAGCUAUUUCCACAGUUGUCAGUGUUGCUGAAAUUUUGAAGAAUAAUGGAUUUGCUGUGGAAAAGAAAAUUAUGACAUCUACUGUUGAAAUGAGAGACGAUUCAAGAGGUCGUCCCAUCUCAAAGGCCAAAAUUGAGAUAGUGCUGGGGAAGACGGAAAAAUUUGACGAAUUAAUGGCGGCAGCAUCAGAGAGGGAAGCUGCAGAAGCUGAGGAGCAGAGUUGAAGGGCAAUUGUUCUGCCAUCUGGUUUCUUCAUUUUAUAUAUGUCUGUGUUUGGAAAUUUGCAUUUUCGGUGCUAGUGUUUGAAAACAUAGACGUCUGAGAGUGUCAGUGUUGUUAGUUUUUCAGUACCAUCAGGAGUCAUUCCUGUUUGCUAUCCGACAUUCAAUUUUGGUAUUUGACAUCUUGACUUGUUUUUUGAACACUUUUGACAUGAUCACAGUGUACUAAAAUAGGGAAUUGUGAGAGGUGCAGACACGCUGAUUUUAUUUAUAGCAUAUUUGUUUUGGAUAA